AUGGAGCACAGCUCUGAGACCAGUGGAGCUAGCAUCUGUAUGGAGGUGGUAUACCUUACGGGGGUCAGCAAAAGCCAGAACUGGUGCAGUGACACGUGUUUCUCUGAAGGGUCUGCAUGUGAAGCUCCUACAAGUCCUGAGUGCUUCAAGAAAAAUGCUAGCGAAUCGGUUUACACGUGUGAAUGGAGCAUGAGCCCGACUGAUGGCAAUGUGACGUUCGACCUUUACUUUAAUAAAACAAAGUUUAAGGGCAUUUACCAGACCUGGCGCACGAUCUGUGGGAAAGCGUUGAUCCAACGCCGAGAGGUUUACAUUUGGGUGGAAGCUCAUGUAGGAAACUCCAGCUGCUCAUCGCCCAGGAGGUCUGUGGUGCUCAAAGACAUAGUUAAGUAUGAUGCACCACAAAAUAUUUCACUGGUCAAAAAACAGCCUCAGCUUAAUGUGGGAGGCUCCAGAGAAGCAUCCAGCUUUAGCCGAGGUCUGGUUUCGACGAGAUGGACACCCCGCAGAAUCGUGGGAAAAAACCAGGUGACGGUGGAGAAUCUCUCGCAGCAUUCAGCUCACUGGGUUCAGAUCAGACAACGGUCCACUCAGGUCAAAGACCCGCUGUGGAGCCACUGGUCUCCAGUGGUGAUUGUUCCUGCAGACAUUUCAUUUGACUCAUUGACCUGUUGCCCCCACCUCAAAACAAAUAACUUCACCAUUUAUGUGUCAUACUCUCCCGUCGACAUCUCUGUCAUCGCCAGAAAUGCAGCAGGGUGUUCUCCUUCAGCCACCGUUCAUGUGCCAGCCGAUCCUACUGCGGAUUUAAAAACUUGUGACAAAACGGUGGAUAAUAAAUCGAAUAAGAAAACUUGCAAGCAAUGGUACGAGCUUCAAGAUGGAGGUUUGAAGCCAGAACGUGUGAUAACUUUAGAAAGUAAGAAAAAACAAGUAAGGGAGCAAGAAAGAAAGAGCGUAGCUCUGUUACAGGAUUACGUUGGCUACCUUUACUUUGAACACAUGUGUGACGUUGGGAAGCUGCGGACAGUUAAGACGUGCCUCUACUACCAAAAAGAGGGAGCACCGCGCAGAGAACCUCAGGAUAUCACUGUUUUUGGUCAAACGCACAAUUCUGCUAACCUCUCCUGGAAAGCGAUCACCUCUGAGGACCAGCGAGGUUUCCUCACACACUACAGCCUGUGCAGUGUGAAAAUGGGUUCGCGGGAUGAGAUGAGAGAGUGCCAUAACAUAUCAGCCUCAUUGAGAAAAUACAGUCUGGAAAACUUGACACUGGGAACAAAAUACAAUAUCAGCCUGGCCGUAGUGACCCGAGCGGGAGCAGGACCCGCAGCCCGAGUCACUAUCAACACGCUGCAGGAGAAACAUGUGAAUGUGUGGUUGAGUUUGGGCCUGCUGAUUGGGUUCUUCUUCACCUCGACAAUGUGCACCGUCGUCUUGAAGAGAAUCCAAAACAAAAUCUUUCCUCCUGUGCCGACGCCUGUUAUUCCAGAUUUCUCACCCAAUCAACAUGGUCAGGAGAUGCUGGAGGGGAAAGAGGAGGUGGACGAGCUGAUACUGCUGCAGCUGCACCCAGAGCGGAAGACUGUCCCUCAGGAAGCAGAGGAAACCACCACCCUCCGAGGAGAGUGGGACGCUGGGAGCGACGAGGACGUGGAGAAUGAGAGUGAGGGGGAUUCGAGGAUGUCAGAGGGGAGCGGUGAUGAGAGUCCUGGCUCCACAGAUCAGGAGCAGAAGAGCUCCAGAGUCAAAAAACUAACAGAUCUGGAGCAGGUGGAAAGUGAGAUCGCCAUGCUGAUAUACAGGAAUGGUUUGGUCUUUGAUCUAAAGACAGAUUCACCUUAAAGACAAAAUCUUUUACAUAUUUGUUCACCUAUACUGGAUUAAUGAAUUCUGUUUUGAAAGUUGUAUCUUUUUAAGCAACA